GCGACAGAGUUGAAAUCCGGAGAUCAAGCCAUGCCACCUAAGAAGGGCAAGGGCGCCGCCCCGUCUCCGUCUCUUCAACGGCAGCCCUCAGAGGAUGAGGACCUCACAGCGCUGGGGGUGCCUCUGGACGCGGUGGUGAAGGUGUGGUGCGUGCACAGCACCCCGAACUUCUCCCUCCCCUGGCAGAGACGCCGGCAAGAGAGAUCUACAGGCUCGGGGUUCUGCAUCGACCUGGAGCGCCGGAUUCUGAUCACCAACGCUCACUGCGUGGAGUGGCAUGCCCAGGUGAAAGCUCAGCGCCGGGGCUCCGACGUGAAGCACCUGGCCAAGGUGCUGUCAGUGGGAUGGGAGUGUGACGCUGCAGUGCUCACCGUAGAGGACGACGAGUUCUGGGAAGGGCUGCAGGCGGUGAAGCUGAGCCAAAAGUUGCCCCACCUGGAGGAGGACGUCCUGUGCGUCGGCUUCCCGAUCGGCGGGGACACCAUCAGCGUGACCAGCGGCGUCAUCUCCCGCAUCGAGGUCACCACCUACACCCAAGCCUCAGCGGAGCUGCUGGGCAUCCAAAUCGACGCCGCCAUCAACAGCGGCAAUAGCGGGGGCCCGGCCUUCAACCGAAACGGCGAUUGCGUGGGCAUCGCCUUCCAGAGCAUGAACGCAGACGAGGCGGAGAACAUCGGCUACGUCAUCCCCAGCGUGGUGGUGACACACUUCCUGAAAGACUUGCUGAAGCACGGGGAGUACACCGGCUUUCCCACGCUGGGUGUAGAGACGCAAACCAUGGAGAACGCGCAGCUGCGGCAGGCCUUUGGUAUGAGCGACAAGCAGAAGGGGGUGCUCAUCAACCGGGUCCUGCCGACUUCGGCUGCGGCCGCGGUUCUCAAGGCCAGCGACGUGUUGCUGGCCUUCGACGGGGAGAUCAUUGGCAACGAUGGGACGGUGAGGUUUCGGAAGCACGAGCGGGUCUUGUACUCCUGGCUGGUGGCGCAGAAGUUCUUCGGGGAGAAAGCGGCCCUCACCGUGUUGCGCGAAGGCAAGCAGCUGGAGCUUGAGAUUCCCGAGCUCUACAAGGAGGCGCCUUUGGUGCCCGUGCACCUCUUCCAGAAGCCCGAGCCAGGACCUUCUUAUUUCAUCAUCGCCGGCUUGGUGUUCACUGUGCUUUCCGAGCCCUUGCUGGAAUCCGAGUUCGGCGCAGAGUGGGAACACAAGGCCCCCAUCGAGAUGGUGAGGUCCGCCAUUCAGGCCCACGCGGAGUCCCGCGACCAGCAGCUGGUGAUCCUGACUCAGGUUCUAGCGCACGAGCUGACCAUGGGUUACGAGAAUUUGGAGAACAUGCAGCUGGCGGCGGUGGGCGACGUGGCGGUGAGGAACUUGCGCCAUGCCAUGGAGCUGGCGGAAGCCUGCGCCGGGCCAUACUUGCGCUUCAACCUGCAGCAGAACCAGGUGCUCAUCCUGCGUGCAGAGGAGGCACGGAAAGCGACGCCAGAGGUGCUGGAGAAGCAUGGAAUCCCUCACGCCAAGAGCCCCGACCUGCGAUGAGGCCCACGGAGCGUGCGGCUUUCGGUCGAGGG